UGCCAUCGUCAGUGCAGAUGACCGUCAUGAUUCUUCUCUUUCACUUGCCUUUGCGUUGCUUUACGAACCCGCGCAGUCCCGACUGACCUGGUCACCAUGGCAGGCAAGAGGGCUCGGGCAGCCUUUGAGGAAGAUCUGAGAUGGCAGCAAUCUCCAUACGCCCUUUACGGAACGCCUCUUCCGCCACUGGACGAGAGCGCCCGUGAUGACGGGUCCUACGUACCAAUCUGGAAACAGGAGGUGACAGAUGACCGGGGAAGGAAGCGCUUUCAUGGUGCCUUCACCGGUGGAUUUAGCGCCGGGUAUUUCAACACGGUCGGGUCGAAGGAGGGAUGGACCCCUAGCACCUUCGUUUCCUCGCGCCAGAACCGGGCAAAGGAUGUGAAACAACGGUUCCAGCAGCGACCGGAAGAUUUUAUGGACGAGGAGGACUUACGGGAAGCGGAGGAGUCGAGGAUACUACAUACUGCAGAUACAUUUACGGGAUUUGGGGGCACUGAAGUCGACCAAACGAGACAUGCUGGGCUCGUGGAUCUUUUGAAGACCAGUGGUGAGACCAUGGGGGUCAAGCUCUUGAAGAAGAUGGGAUGGAGAGAGGGACAGGGUAUUGGCCCUAAAGUACGUCGAAGGGCAAACCUUGGCGAUGACAUGACUUCAGGCGGUAAUGGGGCGGAAGAGAUGUAUCUUUUUGCGCCCGAAAACCCGCCAAUGGUUGCUUUUGUCCACAAGACGGACCAGAAGGGACUUGGAUACGAGGGUGAGGCACGCCUCGAGAGGGCCGGCAGGGGUGAUAUGAAUGACUCUGAUGAAGAGGGCUCGGACUCUUUCUUCGGACGACGAUUGGCCCAGAGCAAGUCAAAACCGCAAAAAGCAAAGGGACCCAGCCGGGGCGGGUUUGGCGUGGGUGUGCUGAAUGAUACCGGGUCCGACGAUGAAGAUCCGUAUUCGUUGGGACCGCAGAUUUCAUAUAACCGGACCAUCGGCGGCGACAAGAAAAAGAAGAAAAAGAUGAACACAACAGAUGUAGCCAAGCCAGCAGUAGGAUUGUCCAACUCUAUGCUGACCUCCAGGCCAGUUUUCAUAUCCAAGAAGACUGCCGCUGCUCGGAGCUCUGCAGGGUUUAGGAAAUGUCACGAUGGCCGUCUGCCCCUAGACGGGUUUGUUCUUGCCGAGGGCAUAUCUAGCCUGUCGAUUUCUCAGGGCAAAACUUACUCGCCCCCAGAAGUGCCCGAAGGUUGGACGUCCCGCAAAGCGCCCUUGAAAGAAAGAGACGUAUCCAACUACGUUUCCACCAAAGAAGCCGCCAGAAUCUCCUCCCUUGAUCCUACGUCCAGAGCUGCUUUGUUGGGAGAGGCCCAAUUACCUGGAAAAUCGAUAUUUGAUUGGAUGACACCAGAGGGCAGGGAGAAGAUUGCUCGACUAACUGGCAAAACAAACUUGCCUCCGGCUCUGGGGGAGAAAGCCCCAAAAGGUCAUGAGCUGUCCGACGCGCAAAGGCGAAAGGACCUGUGGGAUCUCGUCCCGAAAUUGGAUAAGGCAGUUGCAGUCCAAGCUCUAACUAGAGCUGUGGGCGGCUGGAUGCCGUACUCAGAAGACGAAGCGAAAAGAUCACGAUAUCGAACUUUCCUGGAGGUGCGAGCCGGGCUUCGAGACAGCCUUCCGGAUCGUGCCCCGAGUUCAACUACAGACGAGUGGGUUAUGGAACUAGAAGAGUUUUCCCGGGCCGCGGAAGUCUUUAAACCCAUUUCGGGGAUAAUGGCUUCUCGGUUUACCUCCGCGUCUUCGGGGCCAAAGCCAACAUCUGAUGCCCCCAAUCCAUCUGCCCCAUCUGAACCUCUGCUUAUGAAACCUACCGAAAAGCCUGAGGAUCCGGCCGUAGCCGCCGCCAAAAUCGGCAUGUUUGGGCCUAUGACCAGGAGUACGCUGUCCUUCUACCCUUCUCGCCUGCUCUGCAAACGGUUUAAUGUGAAGCCACCUGCGCAUGUGCAAUCUGACCCAAUGGAGCGUCCGGAACGCCCGUCCGACGCUUCUGUUGGGGGACGCUUCCAGUCUGCGGGAUACCAGGCUCCCACGGGGACGAAAGAACUAGUCUCGAAGGAUGUCAUGGAUCAGCUCAUCGCCGAAUCUGGCGGUGGUGGUGCCUCGGCUAAGGAGGGAGAACCAGCAGCGUUAGAGAGUAGAGCGCAGAUUGUGGUGGAGCCAGAACGCAAUGCAGCACUGGAAGCUGAGCGACCGGGGGAGGCUGUAUUCAAAGCUAUUUUUGGGAGUGACGAUGAGGAAGAGGAGAUGAUCUGAACAGUUGUCUGGGCCAACCUUGUUUACGGACCACGGCUUACAUGGUAGGCUGUGUAGGACAGCGCUGUACAUGCGCAGUCAAAUUCGAUCUUAUCACUGCCAUUCUUAGGUGGCACAGCGAUUUGGCAGCCGUCAAGGUAGCAGUGCUAAUUGCAGUUGCACCAGGAGAGAAGUGUCCUACGAUGUGCCCUGGUACCUUUUUGUUUUUGCUGACUGGCGCAGCUAGUCAGACAGACUGUUUCACGGCAGAAGCCCCUUGUCGAGAUCUCAUUAGGCUCUAGAGUAAUAUGAGGAAAAUACUAUUGACUUGCCUUCACCGGAGCAUCUGUAGAUACUGGACAAGAGUCCACACGUCCUCUGUUCCUGACACAUCAUAGGAGCCCUUAGCAUCAGACAGAUAAUAUGACAGAACACAACGCACGCUGGUAGAGCUGUGUCA